GCCCACCUUCACAUCCGCAUUGAGUUUCUUAGUUGCCCUCUCACGCCCUCACACUUUAACUCCCUCUCUCUUUAUCAUCCCUCCCCACCGCACCACCCAUCAUGUCCGCCGAAGAAGCGCAGAACGCCGCCGCCGUGGCCGUUGACGACGAGGUGCCCACGCUGGAGGCGGCCGAGGUGCCGCAGAGCGCGAAGCAGUCGAAGCGCUACGCCAAGGCGAUGGCCAAGAUGGGCCUCAAGCCGGAGCCGAACAUCGUCAAGGUGAACAUCCGCAAGAUCGGCUCGCUCGCCUUCGCCAUGGUGCAGCCGGAGGUGUACCGCUUCCCCGGCACCAACACCUUCGUCAUCUUCGGCGAGGCCCAGCUGGAGGACAUGAGCGCGCUGGCGCAGGAGGCCGCCGCCCGCGCCGCCGUGUCGGGGGCGGCAGAGACAUCCGACGACGCCGCCGCCGCCGCGCCCGCCGCGAAGGAGGAGGACGACGGCGAGGAGGUGGACGCCGGCGGCCUCGACGAGAAGGAGAUCAACGUGGUGAUGAGCCAGGCGAACGUGUCGCGCAACAAGGCCAUCAGGGCCCUCAAGAACAACAACGGCGACAUCGUGAACACCAUCAUGGAGCUGACCAUGUAA